UAGCUUGAUGCAGGGGUGCUGUCGACAGCCUGCAGCUUGCAGAAAAUUAAUCAAGACUAAUUCAUCCCGGGUAUCAUUUAAUCGUUGCGGAAGAUGGUGGCUAAACAGAGGAUCCGCAUGGCCAACGAGAAACACAGCAAGAACAUCACGCAGAGAGGAAACGUGGCCAAGACGCUGCGACCACAAGAGGAGAAGUAUCCUGUGGGUCCCUGGCUGCUCGCUCUCUUUGUAUUCGUUGUGUGUGGAUCAGCCAUAUUUCAGAUCAUCCAGAGCAUCCGUAUGGGAAUGUGAUAUAUAAAGAGCGUCCGGACUCCCGUACCCCCCC